AUGACGAAGACGGUGGGGACACGGAUCCGAAUCGAGUCGGCGGAUGUCCCGAAAGCUUCAGCGCCUGAAGACGGCGCAGACGCCGACGCUGACGCAGAUGUAGUGGUGGAACAGUUCACGCGCGAGUUCACUGCAAUACUGCAGCUCACCCGCGAGAAACAGUCCAAGGAACUGACCUCCGAGAGCUUUGGCGGUUCUCCAGAAGACGUCGUCAACGCACGUCAAGAAGUGGUCUUCUACGGUGACAUCGCCCAGAAGCUGACCCCUCUAGUGGACAGGCUCAUGCAAGCUACCAGUGAUCAGAUCAACACGGCCAAGAAGACCGAGCUGCUCCUCGUAUUCGGAGACAAGUUCUACCACAUUCAGGAAUUUCGAGCCGCCUCCAUGUUUUUCUACGAAAAAGUGCUCGUUCUGGACGAAAUGAAGGAGAAAACACCGGAAGAAGUCGCUGUUAGUAAACCCCAAGAUAUUCUCAAGCGUACUCUCGCUUCUACGUCGUCAUCGACGGUAAAACGGAGUCGAAUUGAGGGCCAAGCCUACGUUCGGUCGCUCUUUGGUGUAGCCAUGAGCUGCUUCCACGUUCAGAAGCGGUGUGAUGGAUUCGUGAAACAUCCCGGAAGACUGGAGAAUAUGAUCGAGGCGUUGUCAUUCUUGCGCCUGGGGAUGGAGACGGCGGUGGCUAUGGAGCGCCAGUACUCGGGCCAGUUCACGUGGUUGACUUUGAACGGGUCUGUGCUCAUUUAUUCCAUCGCGAAGCCUCUACAAGCUUUGGGCUUUUCUCGAGAAGUAGUGGCGUAUCUGAAGUGGAGUCUGCUGGCCAUGGAAUCUUCGGUGGCGUUGUCGACGACCAAGUACAUUAUGUGGCGGCUGCAACUUGGCUCGGCGAUUUGCGAGUGCUACGAGGAUUUGGCGUUGAAAGAGACGAUGAGAAGUGAUCAACACCUUAAAUCGGCAGUGGCGUGUGCCGCUUAUCUGCAACAAAUCGUCCAACGGCUGCGUAAGGAGGAGGAGCUUGAUAUGCCGUUGCCGGUGGAAGUGCAGCGUGUUCUGACCCAAGCAGAGACGACGUCUACUAUGCUAGCGACAAGAGUCAAAGCUGCAGCAGGACGUCAACCGGUCACUAGAAGUUCAAUUGAGGCGGCAUUUCCAGAGACUCGUGACCAGAUGCGCGCUGCGAUUGAUGCCUUGGAAAGUUUAUCUCGCGAAGUCAAGCAGAGGUGUGGAGGGCAAGGGUCUGCACUGGACAACACGAUUUUCCCAGUAUCAUUCCACCUGAGCGCUAUUCGGCACAGCUUUCUACUGGGGAAACCCGGCGAUGAGAUGCGUCUGCUCAUUAGAAGUGCCCACGCACGACUGAACUCCUCGUCGGAGGGCUUAUUGGGGAGAGAUGCGUCAAUCAUUAGCUGCUUGCUUGAGCUGUUCGAGGCGCUUCGUGAGAUCAAAGCGUCCUGGCUGUCGUGGGAGUCCCUCUCAGAAGACGAGCGCUUGGAAGUGAAGCUAAAGCCACGACAGCAAUUGUCAGUGUCUGGGGGUGAACUUCCAGCGUCCAAGUUCCUUUUAAGAUUGUCGAAAGCCAUGCAGGACUGCGUCUUCCACGGCGACGGCUCCAUUUCGCGUACGAAUGCAGAGUUGCUGGCGUCAGUGGCGUUGCAAAUGUGGCGAGAGUUUGCGGUCCCAAUGCUGAAGGAUCUGGACGCUACGGAGCCACCUCAAAUGUCAAGACCAUUCGUACGUCUCACGUGUGAAUUGCUGCUGACGAUCCACUUCACCUUCACCGCCGUGAAAUUUGAGGAUUUACUGCUCCACGGUCGCGUUUGUUUGCGUCUGGCUACGCUUCUGUCGAUCCGUGGCAAAGCGCGCAGAGGCAGCCAAGUGGUGCGUCAGUGUCUCGAGCGGAUAAACUCGCGCCGGAGCGAGUUAGUGAACUUCCAUUCGCACUUCCACUCGGUGGUUGACAGACAGUCGGACCCAGGAAUUACGACGCCAAUCUCCAAGUAUUCAUUUACGUGCACAAUUAGGGACUCAAGUCCGCUGAGUGACGGAGAAAACCCUCGAGAUCGCGUAGGUGUGCGAGGAACAGGCUCUCAAUUUGGGGGUGUUCAUCAGGACAUGUGUUGUGUUCAAGUGGACUUGACGCUGCUUUUGUACCGAUUGGAACUUCAGGCAGCCUCGAUGGUGGAUGUUCUCCCUCUAACCAACUCAAAACCUUCCGUCGUCACACCAGGUGUUUCUCUACAAACAAGCAGCGUGCUAUCAACUGCCGAGCUCAAGCUCCUCGAAGAGUGCGAUCAAAAUGGCUACGCGCGAGUGUUACUGAACAUCCAGCGGCUUGUUCAUCCGCAGAAGUCGGUGAAAGAGCGACUGGCAAUAGCAGACGAGAGCAUUCAACUGCUGCAACAAGUGGAGCAGCAAGAGGAGAAGCUCUGUCGCCAACUAGCUUCAAUAAGGACGGAAGCCGUGGAGUCCGCUGUCCCUCUCGCGCCCAUCGUCAUAUCUCGAUCGAGCUCAGCGAUCACGCUGCAAAUAGUGGGGUAUCGGCCUUCAUUGCCAUCGCUUCGAAAGCGGAGGGUAGAGUAUUACAUGGUAUUCGCCAAGGCCACAGGGGUGGGGACUGCUGUCUCACUCAACAGCAACCACCUCACCGGAACGGCUACCCCCGUGUACCCUCCACACUUGGACGUGAUGAUCUCCGGCUUGCUACCCAACGAGAGCUACGUGUUCGCUGUUGCUGCUUAUGACAACAAACACGAAGUGAUCAACUCCAUCGGCGAGACUUCGGAGCCGGUGGUAGCGCUCAACCCGCUGCCGUUGCCCAUGUGCUACGGGUAUCUCGCGAAGGCGUGCUACGACACCCAGCUUGCAACUCGAGCCAACAAAGCCGCUCAUUAUCUGUACAACGCCGUAGUCUCGCACGCGUGUGCUGGGAGGCCUUCGUGGAUGGCCAACUUGUUCUACAGACAAGCACUGAAGCGAGACGUUGUGGCCCAAUUCCCCCUGCCGAUACUAAACCUCUGCAUCCAGGCACUGCUGAUCUUGUGUCACAACGAGCCUGGCGACUUGGAGAGGGAUGGAAAGCUCGUCGCGACUUCGGACUUUGACGCUCAAUCGUUGACCACGACACAGACCAAAGCGCUUGAAGACAGUCGCAAAAUCUCCAUGGCCAUUGAGAUCGCCUGCGCGACAGACAACAUCGAAGCGAUUCGCGUCCUGUGCUUCAAAGGAUACCGACUGUUAUUGCCGCUGCUGCACUUGAAAGGCAGUUGUGAUGGUUUGACAUUCGCCGCACUCGUGACGUUUUACAAGGCGCUUCAUGCGAUUCCAAGCGAGAAAUGGGACGACGACACGCGAAACAUUCACGCUCGUAUAGGCUUCGAGCUCUUUCGAAUUGCUCAAGAAGCCCACAGCGACAUCUCUCGGGUCACCAUUCCACUCAUCGUUCAGAACCACGAGCAGGUUCAUUCCGGCAACAACAGUGAAGAGCACGACAGCUUGCGUGAAGUUGUGGCUCUUUUCAAGUUGGCCAGCAAUUCACAAGGGAGUCAAGAAGUUUCCACUCCUGCGCCUCCAACAACAGCAGCAGCUACUCCACGAGGGUCGAAAGGAGCCCCAGCAGCCGCAGCCAAAGACAAAAGCCAGAGUAAUACACCACAAGCCACACCGAGGAGCGGAAGUGAGACGGAGAAGGGUGAAGCAGGAGUGAUGCAGAGCUUGGCUGAGCUCCUCCAAGCCGCUGGGAACGAUCUCUUGAAGGUUUUCGCCAUCCUGGAGCGGCACAGUUCUUCGGAUCGUCGAACAAUCGAGUUCGCAAGCAAAGUGUGCGGGGCGGUCCUCGGAUCUGGAGGGAAUGACGUCUCUCAAAUGGACAAAUUCCUCGCGUCUCUCAAGGUAGCAGGAGAGAUCAGCAACCAGUUUCGAGCUACCCUUCAAUCGCUUGGCGGUGGAGAGUUGCUACCUCAGCUGAAGAAUGUUGUCGUUCCGGAUGAAGCGAACCCGCUCAGCUCUCGCCCUGACGAAGAGAACAAAACCAGUGAGACCCCUGAGACUGAAGCAACUGUGGCUGAUGCGGUAGCUGGAGCUGACGAUGAGUACUUGUAUCGGUGGUGCGGGGAGCUGUUCUACAUUCAAUCGGUGCUGCUGUUCCGGAAGAUCGUGAAACUAUGCAACACAAUUGAGGAAGUCGACACAGCAAAUGGCCCAGAUACGGAAGACUGCACGUACGCGUUACUUCAUCCUGAGAACAACAAGGAAGACGAAACAAAGGGCGCAAACGAAACCAAGAACGCGUUAGAAACGGAUGUGGACCAGGAGAAUGUACCAGCAGAAGACCAAGACGCUACCGUACCCCAAGCUGAGCCAAGUGACACCCCAGAAGCCAACCAAGUCGAUCAGCUCUUUGGUGAACUCUUGGAGAAGACUGCGGGAUGCUGCAAACUAUUUCGGCUUGCCAAUUGCUGGCAAGGGCUUCAAGCUGCAGCCCAGCAGCUUUGGAACGCUAUUUGGCUAGCGUGGAUCGCGCCAAGUCGGAUUGGAACGUCACCUACGAGGCUUGGACACCUGUCGACUUGCGUGGACGCGUUGCUGGACAUGAUGGACAUCGCGACGAACGGGUCACAAUCGAUGGCCCUGUCGACUGUGGUGUACGCCGCCACUAGCGCUCUGAACGUUGACCAAACUUGGUUCGCGCAGCUGAUGGCGUUCUCGUUGCGAGUGUUUUGUUCGUUCAAGGACUGGAAGAGCAUCGUGCAGAAAGGAAGCAGGUAUCACGCCUUGUGUGGUAGCAGUACCGAGGGCAGUCGGUUCUCCGAGCAGAACUUCCCCAUCUUGAUUUACGCGCAGCAGCAGAUCCUGGACCACCAGGAAACGCUCUUGAAAGCCGCCCAAGAAGAACUGAACGCCUACGUCACCGCAUAUCAGGAGCAAGAGGCGAAAAAGAAGAAGAAAAAGUCGCGCCUUGUAGUGGAAGAAGUGCUCUCGCCCGAGGAGAUCGCAUUCCGCGCCAACAAGCAGGUGCUGGAGCAGCGCAUCCAAGAACUCGUCGCUGAUCGGGACCUUGAACGAGCCAAACUGGCGGAUCUCUCGGAAAUUUACGACGAGCUAUCGAACGCCAUCAACAAGAGCCACCAAGCGUUAAACACGUGCCACGAACUAGUCGAACGGUACCAUCGUCUUGACCAGCGCAGCAGUACUAACGCGCACCACUAUCAAGACGACCUGCUCGCACUUCGCCGCCAGAUUGUGGCUGCAUACAACCGCUGUGUGAUUCUGUCUCGACAAAAGCGUCAAAAGCGAAUCGUCUGCCAGGCGCUGCAAGAGGCUGGAGACUUCCACCUCGCCAACGGAGACGUAAAGUCGGCUACCAAGAGCUGGCUUGAGUCACUGGACAACGCCUUCAGCACGCUCAACGUCGCAAUGUCCUGGCGUGAAGCCCUUACUCCACCUGCUGACCAGUUCCUUGAGAGUGCGAAUAAAGACAAAAUCGCUGGGGACGAACUCUGGGUGGGGAUGCAAUGCUGCAGCGUCCUCUCCAAGCUGAUCAUGCUCUCAUCGGGUGACAAACUGCACAAGGCCGUCGACUACGCAUUGAUGGCAGCGGCAAUCUUCACUCGAUUCUACGGCUGCUCGUUGCCACACCCGACCAAAUGCUUCCUGUUUGGCUCGUACCGGAUGCUUGGACAGUUCUGGCCAGGUCGAAAGCUGCUCUCAGACCCAGAUCGCGUCUCUCCCUUCACUCUCUGCAUCAUGCUGGUGCUGGUUCCUGAGGUUUUGCUCCAGUAUGAACACCAGUGUGCAACCACUGUGAUGCCUGUCAUCACCGGGUACGAAUACGUGGCGGAAUACUGCCUCGAAGACGCAAACCAUGUAGCAAACGCUCGUAGGUUCCGCGUUGAAGCGCUAGUCCAAUGUGCUCGCUUCCAGGAAACAUUCCAGAUUAUCAUGAAGCUGUUGCAAGGUGGGUCAACGCCGCGCAGUAGCAGCGGCAUUCCGGAGCCCGACGCUGUCGUUUUCCACGACAGUAAACCAAUUCUGGACGAGAGUAAUCGAGCCGCCUUGAACUGGUUGGCUUCGCUUAACGCAGAGCAAACGCAGUCGGAGCUGAAGAAAUUUUACCCCGACGAGCUGGUGGGGCACAUCUUGGUGACGAUUUUGCACCUCGCUGUUGCACUAGCUCGCCAUGAAAGCCGAUACGACCGCGACGCAGCAAUCGCUCGCUCAGCGGCCAAGAAAUUGGCCCAAGCGAUGCUAUUGAUCGUCAAGCCCAGUGAGGCGUCGACUUCUCCUGCUCAAACCCCAAGAGAUGCUGUAGUUGGAGAAGCUGCUGGAGAGGUGGCUGCAGAACCACAGUCGGUUUCGUGGGAGCUGCUCCAGACCCAUCGCAUUCGAGCCGAUAUUCACCUGCAGCUGAGCUAUCUUGCAUUUUGCGAGGGUGAGUGGAGUACAUCCAUGUCAAGUGCGAUGGAUGCAAUCAGCGAAUACAACACGAUUCCUACCGGUCCGGAGCACCACUUGCGCUUGGAACUGGACCAGAAGCUGAAGUUCUCGCUGGUACUUGGUCGAGGUACGUUUGUUGCCAAGUGUCGAGCACACGUCGUCGCCUGUCUACUUGCCCAAACACGCUAUCACGCUGCCUUUGAAGCUGCCGAGACUGCAAUCGAAGAAGCCAAGAGGACAGGUGAAGAGCUCCUUCGACAGCACCUCGAGUCAUUACGAUUGCAGGCCGAAGUCUUUCUCGGCGAGCGUGCAAAAACCGAAAGAGAACUCGGCGUUCUGCGAGAAGAAGCCCUGACAUCCCACACCUCAGCUUCGCUUACCUACAUUCACACACUUCAAGCGUUGAGCUCGUUGCUCCGAUCCAAAGCGCUCUUGUCAUCCCAGCCACUUGCACUGAAUGCAGUCAACGAACGCCUGAGCGAAGCAGAACACGUGCUGGACGCCUUGCUGGAACACGACGGCUGGAUCGGCGUUAGUGCUGAUCACCAGCACGCUGAAAAGCGACUCAACAUCUACCGGCCUGGAAUUCCCGAGUUCGUUCAGAUCCACGCUGAUUUAGCGCAGGUGCUACUCGAAUUUCCUCUGGACUCUGGCAGCGAAAACGUACAAACUCGUCAGGAGAGAGCACUGCAAUCUGUUGAGAGCGCACGACUUCUGCUGCUGAAGGGGGUGAUACUCUCAAAAAAGUUGUACGGAACCAUGACCCAGAUCCAGGUCGAUUUACCUGUACAAGGCGAGCAACAUUUGGAGCUGCGAUUUGAAGAAUGUGUCGAGGCCUUCACAGGGUCCAUCAAGUCGUCGAUUGAAGGUGGAUAUGAUCGCCAGUUGGUACGGUUGGUCUUGAUCGAACUGGUUAACCUGUUUGGCCAGAAGCUGGUCCCGGGUAGCGAGGACACGCACGUUCAAGCUGCAUUCCACUAUCUGGAUUUGGCGCUAGAGGUUCAACAGCACGAGGCAGUGCUGUUCGACACUCUUGAGUUGCAGAACGGUAGUGUCACUUCCGUCGAAAAGCUGCCGCCUUCAGUCUUAGCUACGAUCAACGCUCAGUCCGAAGCAGGUAAGGAAGACGUCACUGCUCCACCACCAACAGACAACAAAGCACCCGACGUCGCCGCAAUCGUCAACUACUUUGUGCGCUUGCAGCGUAUGCAGCACAUUCUGCCGGUUAGCACCGCAGCAAUCCAGGACACGAGUGCUCUUCUCCACUCCUUUCUGGUGCAGUAUCAUUCGACGUACUCGCGCAUGGCUUGCUUGACGGACCUUCCUCCUGUUCCUUCAUCCGAUCCUGAAAUCCGCGCUGGAAUGGUGUGUGCUCUCUGGGGACAAGACCUCGCCCCCGCGCUUGCUUCUGAGGUCGGAGAGACUGCGCACAACGACAAGAUAACAUUUUACUUCACGCUUGGCACAACCAAAGUUUCCAUCGCAGAAGACUCGCCCGCUGCAAGCAACACCGAUGCACUUGCCCGAGUGGAGAAGUUUGCGUCGUCUCCUUUGCUCAGCAAGAGAGGUAACGUGGAUCGACAAGCGGUACAGCACUUGAAAGCAGCACUAAGCAAAUUGCGAACGCAGAUGGAAGACGAAGACUCACUCCUGAUUGACCGGAACACUUUCUCGAAGAUGCUCCACUUGAUUUUAAGUGAAAUUCAACAGCUUUUCCGAGGAGCUGAACAUCCGAGCAGCGAUAGCAGCCAAGACAACGGGAAUGCUACUCUUGUGGCAGGUGAUGCUUCGAGCCAAAGCUUGCAGGACGCGUUUGGAAACUCAAUUUCCGUCGAUUGUACGCUGGAUACUGUUCGCCAUCUGGGAGACCUGUUCUCCAUCAACAAGGGCGUCAAUAUUGCCAACAACGAGCUCUGCUACUUCUUACGAGAUCUCCUGGAUUAG